AACAGUAUUUUGCAGGAAGCUAUGUUAAGAUAUUUUCAGUUACGCAUUGAGUAUUUUGUAGAUACUGUGUCUCAAAGCUGCUUAUUUAAGUUCACGAAUAUAAAAUUCUCAAGUAAAUUUUAACCUGACUACGAAAGCCUCAGUGAAGCUACUCCGCUGUUCCUGAUUUGUGUCGUCCCCGAUCACGUGACGCUGCUGCCCCGCGAGCGCACUCUGGCCUCACGUGGCUGUCAUCGCGACGAGUCGUGCCGAGGUUACAGCCACUCUCUCCAAUCACUAGUCCUUGCAGAGUAAUGGCGCGGAGGCUCGAGCGGUUCUGUGAGCAGCGGAAAGGAAAUGGUUUGCGAUCCACGAGUGUCAUCAAGCCCGGGGAGCUACUCUACCGCGCCGAGCCGUUCGCCUGCAUCGUGUCGAAGAAAGGGAGAGGCGCCGUAUGCGAAGGUUGCUUCUUCAGGAAAGAGAAUCUUCUGAGAUGUUCACAGUGCAAGAUUGCAAGAUAUUGUAAUGCAAGUUGCCAGAAACAGGCCUGGACAGAGCACAAGAAGGAAUGCAAGUGCCUCAAAAGCUGCCAGCCUAAUGUGCCCACUGAUUCAGUGAGACUAAUCGGAAGAAUAAUUUUUAAACUGAUGAACAAUUCAUCAUGUCCUUCAGAGGAGCUAUACUUCUUCUCAGAACACAAAUCACAUAUUGAAGAUUUAACUACAGAAAUGAAGGAAGGACUAGUACAGCUGACAAUCAUGCUGCAGCAUUAUUUGAAAGAAGAAAUGCAAGAGGUGUUCAAGCUGUCACUUUGUGCUAAUCUGCUCGAGCUCUUCGCCAAACUGACCUGUAAUUGCUUUACUAUCAGUGAUGGAGAGAUGCAAGAAAUUGGUGCUGGACUCUACCCCAGUAUGUCUUUGCUGAACCAUGACUGUGACCCAAAUUGUUUGAUUGUGUUUGAAGGAAAACAUCUCUUUCUGCGUGCAAUAAGAGAGAUCCAGCCCAGUGAAGAGCUCACUGUCAGCUAUAUUGAUGUACUGACCACUGCCCAAGAGCGACAAAUGCAGCUCAAGAAUCAGUAUUGCUUUCUGUGUGAAUGUCGCCGUUGCAAGACAAAGGACAAAGAUGAAGACAUGUUGGCAGGAGAUGAACAAGCCUGGAAAACAGUCAAAGAGUCCAUCCCUAAAGUGGAGGAGCUUCAGUCUCAGAAGAAUUGGGAAGAGGUCUUGGCUGUGUGCCAGACCGUCAUAGAUAACAAUCAGGAUGUUCUUCCAGACAGAAACAUCUAUCUGCUUAAAAUGCUUGACUGCGCCCUGGACGCCUGCAUUAAUCUUGCCUGUUGGGAUAAGGCCCUGCAUUAUGGCAUCCGAACAUUACAGCCCUAUGGACUAUAUUACACAGGAUUCCACCCCCUGAGAGCCAUACAACUCAUGUUUGUGGGCAAAAUUCAGUAUCAUCAGGAGAUGUUUAAAGAGGCUUUUGAAACUUUAAAGGAGGCUUUUCAGAUCAUGAAGGUGACCCAUGGACAAGAGCACCACCUAAUACGUGACCUUCAGCAGCUAAUAGAAGAAUGUCAAAUUGAAGUCAACAGAUCAUGAAGAUUUCCUUUUAGUGCUCCUUCUGAAAGUAAGCUUUGGUAAAGGAUCAGCAGAACACUUCACUGAGCACUGGUGUCCCAAAGAGAUUUCGCAGAAAGUAUAAGAAAUAUGGCAUAUUAAAUCCCUUUGAAUUAAAUAAGGUCUGGUAAUUUAGUUAAAUAUAUUUGUGUAAGAUGUAUUAAUACACAGCUCAUAUAUCACCUACUGUGUACAUCAUAAAUUAACACAGAGGUUUUUCUUCGAUAUUUAGGCUCUCUUUUAAUUUGUCCGCCAGUUUUGACUUUGUGUGCAGUCAACCAAGGUGAGUCUGGCACCUCGAAUAAGAGCCGGCACAACGGGCAGCAGUUCUGAUUACCCGGCUGUAAAGGUUUUUUU